GUUUCUAUAAAGUCCGAACUUUUCUGCAGAAUCAAGGCAUCCUCAAAACCGGUCACUUUCCACUAGUCUUUUUGUGAAGCUGUCAAAUUCUUCCUCUGACAUAGCAAAACCCCUUUGUGCUUCAUCAUCACCAUCCACUUAAAAUAGUCCCCUUUUUCGAACUUUUCUUGGUUCACUUGCUAGCCCAUAGCUUCGAAUUCCCUUUGAAUUUUUGCAAGUUUUUUCAAGAAUUUCAACUGGGCUUAUUCAAGAAUACCUUUUUGGCACUGUCAUAGCUUGACGUGAAUUCUGUGUGCUUAGACUCGACAAUUGGCUUAUAAGUUUCCAGAUUAUACUUGAACAUCAACAACCUCCUAUUACAGGUUGAUGACACAUAAUGCAGCUAUAUCAUCAUCCGUACUCUUUGGAUAGCCAGAAGGUGAGGCUUGCUUUGGAAGAAAAGGGAGUUGAUUACACAUCUCAUCGUGUCAAUCCUAUCACAGGCAAGAACAUGGACUCUUUUUUCUUCCGGUUGAAUCCAAGUGCUAACCUUCCUGUCUUUCAGAAUGGUGCGCAUAUAAUCUUUGACACCGUUGAGAUUAUCAAGUAUAUAGAAAGAAUUGCCUUGGUCUCCUCUCGUGGAGACAAUGCCGCACUCAGCAGCCAAGAGGUCAUUGAAUGGAUGAAUAAAAUCCAAGCAUGGGAUCCGAAGUAUUUUACCCUGUUCCACAUUCCUGUGAAGUAUCGCGUAUUUGUUUCCAAAUUCCUGAGGCGUGUAAUAAUUGCUCGAAUGACUGAAUCUCCUGAUCUGGCUAGUGCAUACCAUCGCAAGCUUCGAGAGGCAUAUGAAACAGAAGAGAAGUUGAGAAAUGUUGAAGUGCUGAGGCGCAGUGAGGAACACCUGGUGAGGCUUCUUGAUGAAGUGGAAACUAAGCUAGGGGAGACAUCUUAUCUUCUGGGCGAAGAGUUCACAUUGGCAGAUGUGAUGCUCAUCCCUGUCCUCGCUCGAUUGGUGCUAUUGAAUUUGGAAGAGAGUUACAUCAGUUGCAGGCCUAAUAUAGCUGAGUAUUGGAAUAUGGUGAAGCAGAGACCUAGUUACAAGAAGGUGAUUGGAAGAUACUUCAAUGGAUGGAGGCAACAAAUUACAUUGAUGAGAACCUGGUGCUUUCUACAUAUUAGAAGUAUGCUGCGAAGAUAUUAGUCCAAAACUGUAACCCAUUGUAAAAACCAUAACACAACUUGCAGGCUGCCAUAUAAAACCGUCGGUCUCUAAGCUGUUUUUGUCAGUUCUUUUUAAGUUAAAGGCAUUCACCAAUAAUUAUUUAACACACUUGUAAUUUAUGAAUGUUUUUCUCUGCUGUUCGAAUUUUAUGCAGUCAUGCGAUGCAGCCUUCUUUUUCCUUCUA